AAGUCGGCUAACGGCCGCGCUCAAACGUGCUUGUAACCGUGUGCCUACAUACGACACGCUCUUGGCCGGUUUCUGUUGCUUUGUACACAUACCGACAAAAAGUGGUACGACACUAUCGCUGCAGCUCGCGCCGCGCCCUACAAGGAUACGGUACACCUGUGGACGAGGCGAGGCUCUCGAGACGCGCGCCCGCCUCAGUGAAAGUGCCACUAUAACUUCGUAACGGUGUUAUGUCACAGCCCCUGCGUCGACGCGCCGCCACCAGUCGCAUUACAACUAUGACGCUGCGCGCGCACCUUUGACACCGAAACGCGCGCCAAUUUCGAAUACAGAAUCGUGUUGCCAGUAUGCGUGUGGUUGUUUGAAAAAAAUAAUAAUUGUUCUUUUUUUCGAAAAUGUCUCGUUUAGUGUUUUUAUUUUUGUGUGCUGUAAUUUACGUUAAUUCCGCGGAACUGCCGUCCAGUGAGAGUAAAGAGAACGCGAGAGAGGAGAAGUUAAGAAGUGCAUUGAUAGACGCUUUUCAGAAUAUUAAAAAGGCAUCCGCCAAAGGCGGUGUCAACGAUGAGGGUCCGCUGACAGCUGACCUUUUAAGCUCCAUGAUAUUGACUCCGAAUACGAGUAGAAACGAAAAACCUGCGACCGAGGACUCGUUCCAUUUGUUCGCUGACGAGGAGGGUUUGUCCUUUGCUGAGGCUUUCGAUGAAAAUGUGGAAUCAGCGAGAAAGCCUUCCAGUACGGAAGCAUCACAUAAUGUGCAGCACAUUGUGAAAACCACCAAAGCGGUGGAGCAAACUACAUCAAAACUCAACAAAGACGUUUUGAGUAAACUGAAUGACUCGAUACGGAGUACGUUGAACGAAUCGAAAUUAGUCUUGAAACGGGAUAGCUCGAAUACGACCGGUUUGUUGGGAAUCGAGAAUAUGCUAAGAAUAUUUGACGCGGAGAUCCUUGUGAAGCAAUGGAAGGAACUGCAGAGCGUCGUGGACGGAGACUGCAAGCUAGACAUGCAGCUCUACGUUGAAGGACUAGUUGACAGGAGGUUGUGGGCGCUGAAAAUGGAGGACGCGAGCGGGCGGUACAACUCGAUGUUCUACUGGGGCAACAACUACUGGACCGGCUCCGCGGAGCUCUGCCAGAUCCUCAACGAGCAGCAUAUGCCACCACCAGCGCAUAACAAGAGCAGCGGCUCGCAGAUCUUCAGCGAGUGGCGGCAGGACGUGUCCAUGUCGGGCUCGAGUCCGCCCUUCGAGACCGGCUUCUACGUCACGCGGCUCACCGUCACCACCGACCUGCCGCAAGUGGUCAAGACUCGUCGGACGCUGCACCUGGGGGAGUGCCUGCCGGCGUCGUGCUCGCGGCAGCAGGUGGCGGCGCUGGUGAGCGCUGCGCACGCGCCGGUGCUGCGACACGCUGUGCUCGCCGUGCGCACGCCCAGGCACGGCUCCUACGUUUAUAUCGAGGACCCUACCUUCCAGGUCCUACUAGGCGUGUCAUGCACGGUCAUUCUUCUGCUGAUCACAGCGACUGCUUAUGACCUGAAACUGGCUCGAGAUGUGCGCAAGCGCAGGCGACGCGCUGCCAACAUGGCCGCCGGCGAGAAGGGAGCGCGCGGUGACUUAAAAUUGGACCUUAAUGGGCUCGAUGACAUCACUGUUGCUAAUGGCAAAUCAAUAUACAACAAUAACAACAUCGCCAUAAAUAGCAACCACUCAGAGGAGAGGCUUACAGGCGAAACCUCAUCCACUAACGAGGAACUUAAACUCAGCGUGUGGUCGGAUCUGCUCCUCUCCUUCUCGAUGAAGGCCAACAUAUUGCAGAUCUUCGACCAGUCUGUUGGUUCCGACACGGUGCCUGUGGUGCAUGGCUUGCGGUCCCUUUCCAUGGUCUGGGUCAUAUUUGGCCAUACUUGCAUCGUUGUCUUCAAGUACGCCGACAACACUGCGUUAAGAGCGAUUUUGGAGAAAAGUUUCUUGUUUCAACUGGUCCUGAGUGCUGUGUACAGUGUAGACACAUUCUUCUGUCUUGGCGGUAUGCUAGUAUCGUUCCUGUAUUUCCGCACGAACGCCAAAGGCAAGCUGGACCUGAUCACCAAGGGCCGUAGGAAGAUCACCGCUGGAGUGCUGCAGUUUUUGGGCUUGAUGGGUUAUAGAUUUGCUAGGCUAACGGCUCCAUAUCUGUUCAUGCUGGGAGUAGUGGAGGUGACGAUGAAAUGGUUCGCGCACAACGCUGUAUUCGAACCGCCGGCCAUGGACCACGAGACCUGCCCCAAGUACUGGUGGAGGAACCUUAUGUACAUCAACACGCUGUUCCCGGUCGAACAGAUGUGCAUGCUCUGGAGUUGGUAUCUUUCGGACGACACACAAUUCUAUGCAGUUAGCGCCAUGCUCCUCAUAUUAGCUACAAGCCACUUCAAGCUGUCGGUGUCCCUGACCGGCCUGUUCUUCCUGUCGUCCCUGUUUACCACCGGCUACGUAUCGUGGAGCAACGAGCAUAUCCCGAGCAGCGAGGACCCCUUCACGCAGUUCGACAAGAUCUACGACAAACCAUGGACCAGACUGGGCCCAUACCUUGUCGGCAUGGCAACUGGCUGGAUACUGUUCAAGACCAACUUGAACAUCAGGAUGGGAAGGGUUUGGGCGUGGGUGGGCUGGACAGUGUGCACGGCCACACUCCUGUUCCUUAUCUUCGGCCUCUACCGCACCGAGCUGGGCGUGGCCGCCGCCGCCAUCUACAGCGCCCUCUCGCACUCGCUGUGGGCCGCCUGUAUCGGCUGGAUCAUUAUUGCCUGCUCCACUGGAUAUGGAGGCUGGGUGCGCGGGCUGCUGAGCGCGCCGGUGCUGUACCCGUUCUCGCGCGUCACGUACUGCGCCUACCUGGUGCACCCGGUGGUGCUGCGCUACGUCGCCAUGCACCUCACGCACCCCAUACACCUCGGGGAGCUGCUCGUCUUCGUCCUGUUCCUCGGCCUCACUGUGAUAUCGUACGCGCUCGCAUUCAUAAUUUCCGUAGCGUUCGAAGCGCCCAUGGUCACUAUGCUGAAAAUCGUUGCGCCACAACGGAAACCGCACAGGGUCUGAGCAGGAUACAAACCAGACCACAUUUGGAUUUCGUACAAAGUUAAGUUAUUCUCGAUACUACACCAGUAUGAUUUGGCAAUUAUUAUAUUGCAUGAAUGUAGAACACUGCCAAUUAAUGUGUAAAAAAAAAGUAAUCUUUUUUUUAUUAAUAUGGCAACAAUGUGGAAGAUAAGUAAAAUUCGACACUAUAUCUGUUGAUUGUUUUGAAAACAUACAUUUUGUAAAACUAUUAGACUAUUGUUUUUAAAUCACGUGUCAAUAGAUAGUGCAAGAAUUUACUUAAAAAUAAUUCGUGUAAUGUACUUUAAGUUAUUGAUUGGCAUAUGGUGCAAAAUUGAGGUUAUGUCAGAGUUACCAUUUUUUAAAAAAUAUUACCAAAUGGUAACUUAAUUUGUAAAGGUAUACCUGAAAAGUAGAAACUUUAUCCUUUAAAUGCCAAAGGAUCUCGUCUCUUAUGGAGGCUUAUUGAAGAGAAAUUAAUUAUUUGUAUAAUUGCGUAUUAUUAUUUGAUUAAUAUUUUCUAGUUGUAAUAAAACUUAGACAGGUUAACUUUUAUACAGAGAUUUAGUAAUGAAAAAUGACGAGAGAAUGAUUUUGUAUGACUUAAUUAAUUUAUAUAGACUCUAUGAUAAACGCAGGGGAAAAUUGAAACUGUGUAAUAAAACUUUAUUGUAUGAAAUUGAAAGUGAACGUAUAAAUGAUCAUUUAAUAGAGCGUUUAUCGCUGCGUACUGACCGUGAAAACGAGAGUGGACGCAAUUAAGACACGGAUGCACGUGUGCGGGCAUCUUUUAAUUUUCUUAGUGAUUACCUAGAUCCCUACAGAGAUGUAAUAUUACUAUGAAUGAGUACUAUUACUUAUACUGUAGUUAGUACAUAGGAGUAAUGUAGAAAUCACGAAAGAUAUGUCAUAUCCCAAUAGCUUUUGUUGAAUUGAAUAUGACGGUGAUUAAUUAAUUAGUUAAAUGAAUUAAAAUACAAUUAAUUAAUUAAAUACAUUUUUAUCUAAUCUGUCUACCAAAUUGCUCCUCAGAGAAAAUUUGCUGUCGUUAGUUUUGUAUAAAUUCCUUAUUAUUAUUGUUCACAGCAUCUUUAGUUAAAAGUAACUAUUCAGUUCAACAGUAUAAGAUAUUAAGAUAAAGAAUUCGUAUAGAAAAAAAAUAUAAAUUCUACGAAAUAUUAUUUUAAUUACGUUUACAAAUUACAUUAAAUACAGAAAGUAUUUAAAAUCAUUAUCAAACUUAUAAAAAAGCGUUCCGCUAAUUCAUGUAUAUUUUUUUCAUUUAUAAAAAAGGACAUACAGUGGAACAGUUAUUAGGUCUUGUUAGCAAGGGUUGUCUUAUCUCUGAGAGAGAUCUCUUCCAGCGAACCCAAGAUAGCUGAUUAUUUUUUCUAUAGAAAUAUGGACCGGAAACUACAAAAAAAAGCGCUCCAAAUUAACAGGGCGCAGCUUUUAUGUUUUUUUAAUUGAUGAUAAUGGAAUGGUAACUCCGCCUGCGCUAACGGUAUACACUGGCGGGACACCAGUGAGGGAUGAUAGGUGAGAAUGAAAAGACAGGUCAAUUAGUCCAUCGUGAUGAAUUCACUUGAAAUUCAGCACGAUGGUUUCCAGGGGGGACCACGUGAAGGUCGAUCUUUUUGGGCAUAUUGCUAACAAUGAGACUGGUAGUCCGCAUUAUUAACAACCCCCCCCCCCCCCCCCACCACUCGCAGCUGUUAUGUUAGUAAUUUUUUUUCCACUUAUGUUUUUAAGUAAUGUUCAAUUUCACUGUUAGAAUAAAUAAUCCAUUAAAAAUUGUUAAAGAUCGACUUCACCCUGUAACAUAUUAUUAUAUAUUCAGGGCCGCAGCAAUCAAGUUUAAGUUAGGGCAAAAUAACUUUUUAGUAAGGCAGAAGCCAUAAUUAAGUUAGUUCGAAAAAAAGAAUCUGUCUAAUUUCCUUGGGUCCUUUUAUUUGGUAAUGCAUUGGGCCCCUUUUAAGUUAAAGCAUUGCCCCUUAAUGCCCCCCCCCCCCCCAAACUAUGGCCUUGCUAUGCAAACUUGUAUUUUAUCGCCAGAUGAAUAAUAUCAAAUAUAUGCAAAUCUAAAACGAUUGAGUAAUAGUUACAGAAAGCGUUCACCCGUUAUAUUUCAUGUCUGUACAUACUUAGAGACGGUGAAAGUCAUUCAUUUACGAGCAUGAAUAUUAUUAAUUUGCAUUUCUGAUAACAAACCGAGUGCAUAAUUAUAGUCUUCAUUGUUGGUACUGUGUUUAGAUUUUAUUACAUCAUUCGGUACUGUAUCGUUUUAUCUUUUUAAUGUAUGAAAUUUCCAACAUUAAGUUUUUCAUUUCGAUACAAGAAUAACUAUUGUUAUAACUAAUAUUCGCACUGUUAUUUAUAGCUGUGAAAAAUGUAUCUUGUUAUAUUUAGUGGAUAAAUUUUAAUAAAUGAUCAUUUAUGCUUUAAUUUCGGUUCAGCUAUGAGAGGACUUUUUGUAAUAUUUUUUAGAUAAUAUCCAAAAAAACAUUCUGGUAUAAUUGGUAUAUAUAUCAGUGGUAUAACAUAAUUUUUUGGAGUCCGUGAUAAAUUCAUUAUCACGGUUAUUUCCUUUAUCUAAAAGAGCUUGAUGCUAUAAUUACAUUUUCGCCGAAGAGAAUUCAAGACCGGGGAUCGCGUGGUAUUCUGUCGCCUAUUAUUACGUCACUACUUAUAAUAUUCUCAUCAUCAUCACCUUAUUAACCAUCAACUGUCCACUGCUGAACAUAGGCUUCCCUGUAUUGGAGGGUCUGCCAGUAGUUGUUGCGUUUUACAGGCGGGUGAGCAACCGCAGUUAAACUUUGGUGAUGUGUUAAGAGGGACGCUGCUGCCCAUCCCUCGAUUAUUAAGUUCUCUCAGUCCCCUCUUACAAUACCCACAACAAAAGAAGAGAUGGUCCAUCCUAUGGUGGGACCACAUAGCGUUAUACCGCCUCUUAUACUAUUUCUGUUAAUCCUGUAAACUUUUUUAAUUUUUUUUUAACUCAAUGAAAAAUUAGCACCAAAUUAAUGAAACCAAACAAACAACAAACCACGACCAAAUGUUUCUUCAAAUUACGUACUGACGACUGCUGUUUGUUUUAUAUAAGACUAUAAAUUAUUUAUUCAAUAUUAUUUAUGUUUGUAUCGAGCCCUUCUACAAUAUUUGAUUUACAUUUGACUAUGUACUGCGGUUUUUUUUUUUAUUUAUUUCAUAAAAGUUAAUCAUGACAAAUUGUAACAUAUGACCUGUUUCAGUGAUGAAGUUAGGUGAUGUACAGUUUCAUGUAAAAUAGAAUUAUGUAAAUAGAAUGUAAAUAUAGUUUUAAGUUUGUACUGUUUGUAUUAGUUAUAAUUAAUAUUUUUUAUAUGAAAAAUAAAAUGUAACUAAAAUAAUUAUGUGCUUUAUUUAAAAUCAUAACGUUUAAUACAUUAUUUACUUAUAUCUAUGACCUGCGUAUAGGCGGGAACAGUACAAAGUUAUUGCAGAAUUUCAGUGGAUUUAAAUAAAUUAGUUCACAUUCAGAGGUACCACUUUCCAUCUGGUGGACCAUUAACUUAAAGUAUAUUAAAAACUUAACUUUAAGUAUACUCUGUUAAGUACAUGGUACUGUUCAUGUCUAUAGGCGAUGGUUACCACUUUCCAUCAGGUGGGCCGUCAGCCUGUUUGCCAUUUUAAGUUGCAAAAAAAAAUAAAGACAUAUAAUAAAAAAUAUCAUUAUGAAAGUUA